GCUCGUAUUAACUCUCUGUGUGCCAGACUGAACGCAGACUUGGUUUUCUUUGUUGCGGACACAGCUCCCUGUGGUCUGAAGAUAAAGGCCGGGUCCGCACUAUCCAUCUCAUCUCUGCAGUGCUCCGCCAGGACUGCAGGGGGCGCCUAUUUCUGGAUAUUUCCCAGGGUUGGAGUUAUCAGAUGCUGCUGCAGACUGAGCUGCUGGGGUUGUCCAUACGGUGAAGCCGGUAUCUGUAUGCCAGGGAGAGUCGGCGAGGAGGGCAUGGCUGCCAUGAGGAAGUGGCACAACUUAUUCACUAAACAGACGUACAGACCAUCAGCGGUGGACAAGUGGAACCGACACGACCAGAAGUUUUGGGAAGCCGUGGAAAAGGGCGACGCCAAGAAAGUCUCCUCCCUCCUGACCAAGAGGCAAAUCAGAGCCACCAAGACCGGGCCCGGCGGGCAGUCAGCGUUCCAUCUUGCUGCCUCCAGGGGAUUCGCAGAUUGUGUCAGUGUCAUCUUAUCCCAUAAAGUAGAAAUCAACGCCAAAACUGAUGAUGGUUGCACAGCUCUGCACCUGGCGUCCAGUAAUUGUCACCCGGAGUGUGUGAAGCUUCUGCUGCAGCAUGGAGCCCAUGAAGAUUCCAUUGAUUUCCACAGCAGAACACCCUUACACUGUGCUGCCACCUCAGGGUGUGUCUCCAGCGUUCUCCUCCUCUGCGACGCAGAAGACACCGUUCUGGAUGCUGCGGAUGAUGAUGGACGAACGCCGCUUAUGAUUGCUGCCCAACGUAACCAUCCCACCGUGUGCUCUCUGCUGCUGGACCGUGGGGCUCAGGUGGACCUCUUCGACCGGGACAUGAAGACGGCGCUGAUCCUGUCCUGUGAAAAGGGCAACAUCCAGGCGGCAGAGACCCUGAUCACCAAAGGAGCAGAUGCCACGCUGCGCGAUAACAAAGGCUGCGACGCCCUGCACUACACCGAUCUGUCCAGGGACGAUUCCCUCAGGAGACUGGUCCAAGCCGCCCUGGACCGAAGGAAAAAUCAUGAGCUACACAGUCGAAAUUAUGACAGUCCUUCUGCUUCAAAGGCCGUCCCUCAGACCCCAAGCAGAGAGCAGGAGCUGGUCUUCAUGUGGAAGAAAAGAUAUGAGGAAGAGCAGAAGCGUGGCGUGUGGCUUCAAGGAGAUCUGAUGAUGAAGACCCAAGACCUGGAAAGGAUGUCUGAGGAACAUAGGCUGGAGUGCAGCCGCAUCAGAGACUUGGUGGGGACUCUAGAUUGUCUACUUGAAGGAGAUGGUGAAAAAACCAGACCCAAAUCAGAAAAUUACCAAUACUCCGACACAUGUGAUCUGUUGGAACAACUUCUUGAGAAGGUUAAGUCCUUCAAAGAUCAGCGGCAGAAAGAACACGAACGCCAAGAAGAAAUAAUCCAAGAUCUCAGUGCCAAGCCUAGUGAGACAGGAAUGAUGGAAGACGUACACCAAGAAGAGAUGAGACGUCUCCAGGGUGAAGCUGCUGCUGCCAAAGAAAGGGAAGAAAGUGGCCGGAGGAGGGUGGCGGAGUUGGAGGGUCAUCUGGAGAACAUGCGGGAAGUGCUGUCACAGUUCGAGAAGAGGAAGCGGAUACAGAGCACGGUGGUAGAAGAUCUGCAGGACCAGAUCUCAGGGGUCACACGGGAAAAGGAAGAGCUCCUGGUACUGCUGCAAAAACUGCAGGAGCAAGAAGGAAAUGUGGACGAUGUCCAGACGGAGAGACUAGAGAACGGGCAAGAUAUACCCAACAACAAAAUACUUAGUGACUUUAUAAAAAAAUGUAAAAGUAACUGCAUACAUGUAGAUAUAAAGCAAGGCAAUGGAAUAUCCCAAGGAUGUUCAGGUUAUGUGCCAAAAGAUGUCCUGGAAAAAAAUGUUAAUAACUGGAAAUCAUCAAUCGCAGGUUUAGAGAACUAUAUGGCUGCAGUCGAGAGACUACAGAAGAGCGUAGCGGCUGUCAGAUCAGAGAGGACAGAUUCAGUACUGAUCAACAGUGCCAAGGGUGAGCAAAACAGUGGGCACCGGCUGGUGAAAGACACCAAGGAGCACCACAAACAAUUAGAGACCAACAUAGCUUGUUUACAGGCGGAGGAAACGCACCGGAGUAGAAACAGUAUAACCCCCGUGGAGAGAAGCGGGUCGGCCCAGGACCUUGCCAAGACUACAGACUCCUUAAAGCAGAAGAUUACAGACUUAGAGACCCAGUUGUCAUCUCUGAAGGGGACAAAUGAGAACCUCCUCACCCGUAUGAACCAGGUCGUUCAAGAGAAGCAGAACCUUGAAGAAGGACUCCUCGCCUUACAAGAAAGCAUGCAGUCAGAAUUUGCCAUGAGACAAGAAACGGAGAAACGCUGUAAGGAUUACAAACACCAGAUCCUAGUCCUGUCCGACGAGCUGCUGGCAGAACAAGACAAGCUCAAGAAGCUGAACGGCAGACUGGAAGCUCAGCAGAAUGAAAUGGCCAUGUUACGGGACAGUUUCCCUCCAGAGAUCAUUCGGGAAGAAAGCAGCAGAUCUGUAGAGAUGUUCAGCUCUGACGUCUUGGAGGAGUUAUACUGGAACGUCGGAACACUUGUAAGGAAAUACAACGAUGCCCUGCAGGAGGCUGCUGCUCUGCAGAAGGAGAACCUCAAGCUUCUGGAUGACCAGGCGCAGACUAUAUCGAUGACCGAACACAAGAACAUUCUGAAUGAGAUCAAGAACCAGUUACAUUCCAAGACUAAGGAGACAGAGGAUCUGAAACAAAGGUUGUUCCAAACUAUGGGCAAUGUGGUGGAACUGAAAGAACAACUGGCAGCUCAGACCUCCAACUCCAUUCCUAAGGAAGAGUUUGAGAGCCGCUUGGUGGAUCUGGAGAGAAUAGUCACAGCUCUCAAGGAGGAGAACGAGGCCUGUAAGGUGGCUCUGGAGGGCAAAUGUGAAGAAGUCCUAGUCCUCAAACAACAGAUGGAACAAGAGACUGAAGAAGGACAGGCUUUACGGCUUAAGGAGGUGAGCAUGGUCCAGGAGAUGGAGAAAGUCAGGGCUGGUCUGGAGACCAAGAUUCAGGCUUUACGGGAGGAAGUGCAGGGGCUUUCUGAGAAAUAUACUCAGGCUUCAAAGGACGCUGAAGGGUGGAGGGCAAAUCUGUCAUUCGAGACGGAGAAAGUGUUGCGCCUAGAGGGGAAAAUUCAGGAACUGAUGAAAGAAGCCGAUGACCUGAGGAUCCAGUCCAAGAAAUAUGAGGAAGAAAAUCGGCACCUUACUGAGCAGUGUGAACACGUCUCUAAAGCUUCUCAGGAGAAACAGGAGAAGAUGUUGGGAUCCAUGAAGGAGGUGGAGUCCUUGACUAAAGAAAUUGACCGGCAGCAGAAACGAUAUGAGGAGCUGUCCAGCAAACUGGAGGAAACCAACAAACGUCACCAGGAAAUAAUCUCCAUAUACAGGACUCAUCUACUCAAUGCGGCUCAGGGCCUCAUGGAUGAAGACGUCCACUUCACCUUACAUUGGAUCCUGAAGAUGCAGAAGGAGUUGGUUUACUGACUGAUGGAUAACAAAACAUGGUGCCAACUCCAUCACAUUUUAUAUAACUACGUAAAGUAGAACAAGGGUUCUCGCACUCACUAUAAAUCUUCAUAUCUUUAUUACAAAAAGUGGACAAAAACAGUGCAGCAAGGAGACCUAAAACAAAGGGGAACGCUACAUGGCGGCCACAGCCAUUUCUUGCGUCAACACGCACUA